CUGUGUGACUCGGGUAAAUGAACAGGUUCAAAUCUGGCUCAUCGUUCCCUUUCUGCUCACAGACGUCCCCCUGCAGGGCUGUGGCCAGCUGCAGCAUGGACCAGAAACCUCCCCAGCUAAGUGUGGCAGAUGUGAAGGAGGAAGCGCAGGACGUCCUCAUAUCGGAUGUGGACGGGGCCGGGCACAGCAGCCCUGACGAGGCGAAAUGGAGCGCUGCUGGUGUGGGGCCCAGCUGCCUUCUGCACUCACAGAAAGCAGAGAGUACAGUGUGUCCCGUCUUUAAUGGGGAGGUGAAAGAAGAAACAGUGUUUCAGGACGUGACUGAGGAGAAGCUGACUGGGAGUGUCAGACCUCCAAUCCCAGACCAAGCUCUCGUAUCAGGGAGGAGAAUGAACAAGUUCCCUUGUCCUUACUGUCCUAUACUGCCUUAUACGUCAGAGAUUUUUGUCCAGAGACACAUCAAGAAAUCCCAUCCCGAGAAGUUUGACCCCAGUGUGAUACUGAAUAUUCUCUGCUGCUCUCAUUGUGGGAAGAACUUCAGUCAUUUAGGAAACCUAAAGAAGCACCAGCUGAUUCACAUUGGGGAGGGGCCCUACCAGUGCUCCCAGUGUGGGAGGAACUUCAGUCAUGUAGGACCUUUAAAGGAACAUGAGCGGACUCACACUGGGGAAAAGCCGUACCAGUGCUCCCAGUGUGAGAAGAGCUUCAGUUGUUUACGAUACCUAAAGAAGCACCAGUGGAUUCACACAGGGGCAAGGCCACACCAAUGCUCAGAGUGUGAGAAGAGCUUCAGUCGAUUAGAAGCCUUAAAGAUCCACCAGCGGAAUCACACUGGGGAGAGGCCCUACCAGUGUUCUGAGUGUGGGAAGAGUUUCAGUCAUGUAGCAAACCUAAAGAAUCACCAGCGGAUUCACACAGGGGAGAGGCCAUACCUGUGCUCCCAGUGUGGGAAGAGCUUCAGUCAAGUAGGAGCCUUAAAGAAGCACCAGUCAAUUCACACAGGGCAGAGACCCUACCAGUGCUCCCAGUGUGGGAAAACCUUCGGUCAGUUAGGAAACCUAAAGUACCACCAGCGGAUUCACACGGGGGAGAGGCCCUACCAGUGCUCUCAGUGUGGGAAGAGCUUCAGUCAUGUAGGAAGCCUAAAGAAUCACCAGCUGAUUCACACAGGGGAGAGGCCCUACCAGUGCUCCCAGUGUGGGAAGAGCUUCACUCAAGCAGGAGUCCUAAAGAAGCACCAGCGGAUUCACACGGGGGAGAGGCCUUUCAAGUGCUCCGAGUGUGGGAACAGCUUCAGUGCUUUAGAAAAACUGAAGGAGCACCAACGGAUUCACACAGGGGAGAGGCCCUACCAGUGUUCCUACUGUAAGAAGAAUUUCAGUCAAGUAGGAACCUUAAAGAUCCACCUGCGGACUCACACAGGGGAGAGGCCCUACCAGUGCUCCCAGUGUGGGAAGAGCUUCAGUGAUUUAGGAAACCUAAAGAAGCACCAGCGGAUUCACACAGGAGAGAGGCCUUACCAGUGCUCCCAGUGUGGGAACAGCUUCAGGUAUUUAAGAGCCCUGAAGGUGCAUGAGCAGACUCAUACUGGGGAGAAACUGUACCCCUGCUCCCAAUGUGAGAAGAGCUUCAGUGCUUUAGAAAAACUGAAGAAGCAUCAGCGGAUUCACACAGGGGAGAGGCCCUACCAGUGCUCCCAAUGUGGGAAGAGCUUCAUUCAUGUAGGAAACCUGAAGGACCACCAGCGGAUUCACACAGGGGAGAGGCCGUACCUGUGCUCCCAGUGUGGGAAGAGCUUCAUUCAUUUAACACACCUGAAAAAGCACCAGCGAAUACACACAGGGGAGAGGCCUUUCAAGUGCUCUCAGUGUGGGAACAGCUUCAGUGUUUUAGGAAAACUAAAGGAGCACCAACGGAUUCACACCGGGGAGAGGCCCUACCAAUGUUCCCACUGUAAGAAGAACUUCAGCCAACUAGGAACCCUAAAGGUCCACCUGCGGAUUCACACAGGGGAGAGGCCCUACCAGUGCUCCCAGUGUGAGAAGAGCUUCACUAACAUUGGAGCCCUAAAGAAGCACCAGCGGAUUCACACAGGGUAGAGACCCUACCAGUGCUCCCAAUGUGAGAAGAGCUUCACUCAGUGAGGAUAACUAACAUGACAUGCACUGACUCAGGGCAAGUAGUCAUAAUGUGAUUAAUGAACAGUUUGCUGUAUAGAAGUAUUGUGUGUAGACUGUAGUCACAGACGAUGGCCUGCAUCUCCUGAGCUUGCCUGAUGUUUCUUCUGGACCUGAUCCUGUCCAAGCCCUGUGAGGGAUUGCUGGAUGUGGGUAGCUGAUAGCAGGGUUACUCCGCUGGGUUUGAUCCUCAGCACCCACAGUAUUCUUUUGUCAACCUGGAGACAGGGUGGAGUACUAAUAAAUGAAUGACCAAACGAGCGAAUGAAA